AUGGGACUUCGCGCCCCCUCUCUGCGCUUGCAGCCACGGGUCCAGCCGGACACCACGGGUCCCGCCGGGGACUGGCCACCACGGGAGCGGGGGGAGAUACCUCCCUUCCUGGCUCCCAUCCACCCCGUCCCUUUGCCUCCCCGCAGAGAGCCCCCUCCGCCCCCGACUCGCGUAAGUAACGCGACCCACCGCGCCGCACCGUGCGGCGGGAGCGGAGGGUGGGAUGUCAGGGGCGGAGACACAGGACACUGGAGGCUCUGCAGGGUAAAUUUCGACGAGAAACGGCGGUGUCGGAGAGACUCGAAAGCGGUUGAGAGGCCACCCGGCUGCGGCAGGGAGAGAGUCUACGCGCCGCUCCGCGCCCCGCACACUGCCAGGCAGCCGCUACUCGCGGAGCUGCUCCCCAGGGCUGCUGUCCCUCCUCGCAGCGUCGUGCAUGGAAGAGGUCCUGGCCGGGAAGGCGGGCGGGCUCAAGUCUUCAGCCAGCUGCAAGACAGCUUGCGCAGCGCUCAGCUACGUGCCAGCGCAGCGGGGCUCGGGUCGUGGGACUGCGCGGAGAAAGCCCUCUGGAAGAGAGUCGACGUGCGGGGUUUGGGGUUGUGCAAGAGAUCAGGCGGGGAAAGGGGCGGCGGAGGCAACCCUCUGUCUUAG